AAAGAAAAAGUGCAAGGAAAACAAGUGAUAAGCAGCUUCUGGGUUUUGCUUUCAAGCUCACUCCUGCUGAAUCGGCGUGAGUGAGUGAGUGUGUGUGUGUGUGUGUGUGUGAGUGAGUGAGUGAGUGUGUGUGUGUGCGGCGCGUUCACUCUUUCUCCUGCCACAGUAGCAACACAUUGCAGAAGCGUCUGCCCAGAAGAAAAGGCUAAACGCAGCAGAGCCACAGAAGGAGAAACUUAGGGAUAGAAGCAGGCAGAGUAGCCCAGCGUGACUGCACCUCUCAGCGGGGAUCUCAACCUGCCAUUUAGCCUUCCUGGUGCCGCAGUGGAGACACUAGACCAGCCCAGGCUGCCUGUCUGUCUCUCUGAGCUGAGGGAAACACCCUGUUAGUGUUUUGCCUGUUACUUUGGCUGAAACUCCUGCACCUGCCCUCCAUCACCUGGGCGUCUGUCCUUUUCCUCCACCUGUCCAAAGACAUGUCAGACGAUGACUGCCUCUCGCCCAUCGGCCUGGACUGCUGCAGUUGCUGCCUAGACCUGGCCAAUGGCUGUGAUGACUCCAUGGCCGGCAGUCCAGGCCUGCCAGGAAGCCCCACCAGCCCUACUGUCAAUCACUUUCGUCAGCUCCGCAGCCAGCUGAUGUACCAGAACCUGAACACGGACAAGCUGAACACCAUCAUGAGGCAAGACUCCCUGGAAUCCGUGGUGAGGGAUCCCUGCUUCCUGCUGAACGAGGGCAUCUGCAACAGCAACAUUGACCAGACCAUGCUGUCUAUCCUGCUCUUCUUUCACAGAACACAGUUGCUGACAACAAAACUGCCACAGAACAGCGAGCAAACGGCCAGACGACUCCUGCCUCUCCAGCAGCACCUUCAUUUGGAAGCCAAGAUGGGACACACUCAGACGCGCCCCGCUGAAGUCGCGCCAUUUGGGGCUACGCCACCCUGUCCCAGGACGCUGUGCGCCCUCCGCCUGGCCGAACCGGCCCACAGAUUCUGCUGCCACUACCAGCACUUCAGCUACCCUGAGAGAGCUAUGAGUUACUCGCCCCCUUACUCACCGAGUCUGUUCAAGAGGCCAGAUCGGCGGAACGCUUCCCACUCGUAUCUGGUGCAUCUCGGCAGAACCACAGGCUUCCACCACAGUGCCGUGACUCCCCCCUAUGGUAAAUGGAACUAUCACAGCGGGGCAAGUGCCUCUGGUGCUAGUGUUGUGGCCAUCGACAACAAGAUUGAACAGGCGAUGGAUCUUGUCAAGAACCACCUGAUGUACGCGGUGCGUGAGGAGGUGGAGGUCCUCAAAGAGCAGAUCAAAGAGCUGGCAGAGAAGAACAACCAGCUGGAAAGGGAGAACUACCUGCUGAAGAACCUGGCCAGUCCCGAGCAGCUGGAGAAGUUCCAGUCUCGCAUCCCGACAGACGUGCUGUUGCCCCUGGACAAUCUGAUCGCCCAGGUGACCCCAGACCAGCACCAACCCUGCAGCCACAGCACUGGCUCUGCUGUAUAAGUGGCUCUGCCUUGGGCCAAGCAGAGCCACUGUCUCUUUACAGUAAUGGACCUCCAUUUGAACGUAAGCGUUACAAAGUCGCUGCCGUCGAGAACCCUUCGUAACCACGAAGGUGACGCAUCGGGGCUGUAAAUGACCGAUGAGACACACGAGGACUGUUGACACCGAUAAGCACAAAACAGAACUUAAGACUCUCUGACCGGUGCGGCGUCAGGCUGAUACUGUCCGACUCUCUGUGGUCGUCUCUCUGUGUAGACAAAAGCGCUGAGGAUAGAAAGAGGGCUGACUAGACACACUGACGAGCGCUUGCUUUCAGACGGCAAGGGGCGGGGGGCUUUCCCUGCCUUGCCGAACCCUGCCAACAAACGCCCUUUGCUCGAGAGCGAGAGAGAGGGGUAAGGAGGUGUUGAUCGGGCUGGCCCCGCAGGUGCUAACUUGGAAAGGGUUGGAGGUUGCUCCCCACUCACCCGGAGGAGACUCAUCUGAGGCGGUCCUCCGCAUCUUAAACCAUGUUUAUGUGGAUACGUCUGCUCUCGUAAUCCAAGUUUCAAGCCCUCCCCCCCUCCCCCCCCCCCCCAAACACACGUCAGACACAUAACGACAACUUCUCCUGUGCUUCCAAUGUAUUGCUCAUGUGUUCAUGUACAUCUUUGCAUAACAAGAAUAAUCAUCAGGAUAAGCUAAGGCAACAGAGGUGGAGGUUAAUGCAGUACAGCCGAUUAGCGCUGAUGCACUGCUGCAGUAGACUGACCAGUGUACUGUAAUGAUUCAUAACAUGUAAACUUGCAUUGCCAACAGUUGGGGCUUGCUUUUUUUUUAUGGGGGGAAUUAAUCCAGCUGUAUCUCGGGUUUUUGUUUCUGAUUCUGAACACAAAUCAGUUUGUAAAAAAAAUAGGAGCAAGUGGUCUUAAAAUAUUGUUUUGUAAUCUUGGGUAACUACUAUGUACAUUGAGGUGAACGUAGUACAGCUGGCGAGCAGACGCCAGCAUUUGUCGCUGCAGAUGCACUCCUGAUUUUAGCAGCUCCGUCCAGUAUCUGGUCUGUUACUUGCUCAGAUGUCAACUGGAAAACGAUGGCAUGACAACAUUGCCUGUCCUUAGUAAGAGAGAAACACAUUUCAACACUGAGCUCUGUUGUUUUUUAGCUACCAAAGACUUUUUUUUUGACAGUUUUAUUUUGUUUCUACUCACAACUGAAGCCGAGCAAACCAGGACCAUGUGUACACAACUUCACAGGGAGAAGACUUGUUUGUAGCUAGUGCUAAAGUUUGUAUGUGUUUUUGUAAAGAUAAUGGUAUUGUUGCUGUAAAGUAUCCUCGAAAAAGUUGUUCACUAUGGUGUUUGGAUACAACUGCACAUUUGCAAUAAACCUUAUGUUUACAUAAUACAAUA